AGUUAAACCUGGUGCUUGCUCCGCUUUGCUUUUCCUGCUAGUUCAGUCUCCAGCUUAACUGCUCUUUAAUUUUGUAGGGUUGACAAAGACAGGAGCGGCGUGAUAUCGGACAACGAGCUUCAACAAGCGCUGUCGAACGGCACGUGGACGCCAUUUAACCCAGUGACUGUCCGGUCGAUCAUAUCCAUGUUUGACCGGGAGAACAAGGCCGGCGUGAACUUCAGCGAGUUCACGGGCGUCUGGAAGUACAUCACGGACUGGCAGCACGUCUUCCGCACCUACGACAGGGACAACUCGGGCAUGAUCGACAGGAACGAGCUCAAGCAAGCCCUCUCAGGUUUUGGGUACCGGCUCUCCGACCAGUUUCACGACAUCCUCAUUCGCAAGUUCGACAGACAAGGACGAGGUCAGAUUGCCUUUGACGACUUCAUCCAGGGCUGCAUCGUCUUGCAGAGGUUGACAGAUAUAUUCAGACGCUACGACACGGACCAGGAUGGUUGGAUUCAGGUGUCGUAUGAACAGUACCUCUCCAUGGUCUUCAGCAUCGUAUGACAUGGGCCUUCUGCAAGUACCAACAUGGCUUACGGAUAAAAGAGACUGAAAAUGCCAAAUCUCUUAUUUUAACAAAACGAACACGGAUGCAGUUAGAUUCUGUUCCUGUUUUAGGUUUUGUAUAAUGAAUAUUUGGGGACCCAACUGUACAUAUGUGGAUAAGCUGAUUAAUGUUUCACAACUGUAACAAUAGUCGUGUCAGAUAUAGACAUUUGAUUUGAGACUUCACCUGUGCCAUGAGGUGAGAUGUAAUGAUGUUUCAGGUCUUCUGCAUGCACAGAACUCAUCAUGUGCUUUUCUAGAUAGCUCCCAUUCUAGAGUGAAGAUACCUUAUUAGCCAAUAGGAAUUUUAAAUAAUUUGGAACUUGCAUAGAAGGCUGCUCACGUGCCUUACUUUUUAAAGAGGUUUAUUGUAUUCACUUGCAUUUGCAGCACAAGCAAUAAAGCACACAGGCCCUUGUCCCCAGCUGGCUCCUUCUGGUCGGCUGGGCUCCGAGGGGUCUGGCA